AUGUACUCAAAAUUCCGCUCCUCCUAUUAUGAGAGUGAAAAUGAACCUCUGUUUUCCCCAAAAGAUUUCCUUUCUAUUGCCCCUAUCACACAUAUUGAUUGCUCUAAACAGAAGGAAAGUAUCCAAUCUGGAUCGGUGGUUAUGCGAAUUGAAUUUGAGACAAAUCUGCUGCCACCACCGUUGAAGAUUCAGGCGAAGUGGUUGACUGAUAAUUACCAUGGUAUCUCCUGGAAUUCAGGGUUUACACCCCUACAUAAGUUUGGAAACAUUAUUAAACACAUUGCGGAUGGGGCAGACAGAAUUUAUGUGAAAGGACGUGAAAAAGCAGCCUACCUGAGAAACUUCACCAGCAAACCAAUAAUCGAGCUUGAAGAGCAGCCCCGCCUCACCCCUUCACCGGCGAAGUGUUUUUACCAUACAACAGAUAUUUGCAUGUGUGCGAUUGUCUAA